AUGGGUCCAUUUCUCUCCAUCAUGCACGCAAAAGCACAUUCAUGGAUGUGUGAGCCAUAUGUUCCAAGUACAUGUCAAAAGCUGUUCGCACAGAUAUACUUACCAUCCAAGCAAUUGGCUGGAACAAGGCGGAAAGCAGAAAACCUCGACUGGACAUUGGCCAAAAGAUACAUCAAGACUGUGCAAAGGAUUACAGAAGCAACAAAGGAUGUUGAGAACAUCACCACGGAGUUGUCUCUACAGGAAGACACAGUCCAGCAAUGGGUGUCAGAUGCUCAGCAGUGGACGGCAGGACCAACCAGUCAAAAUGACUUGGAGAAGAUCAUUGAAGGGCUGUAUCUGAGCAUUAAGCAUCGGAAAUUUCAGCUUUAUCGUCAGACUGAUGGCAAUAAGCGGAGACAUCAACUUAGGAAAAAGAUAGCUGUUGAAAAGAAAGCCUUGGAGGAUGCCUUUGCUCAAUACAAUGCUGUUGUGGAGGAAGCCGACAAACUCCCUCCUCCUAACAAACUCUUGGCUAAUGACAACUAUUCCUGGCAAUGGGAAUGUGAUGGUGAUAUGGUUCAGAAAAAGAAGGUUUCUGACAAGGUAAUGCUGCUGUCCAGACUUAAAGAGGAAGUCGUUAUUGUGGUUCGUGAGGUCAAACAGCACUGGGAGUACAUGAGGACUAUGGUGGGAGAGCUUUCCUCCCAGCUUUCUGAGGCCAUCGGCAGUACUGAGGCAUUGACAGAGACGGGAAGUGAGGGUCUACUCUGCGUGCUGAAGAGAAGAUUGCAUGAAGUUCAAGCUCAGCAGGCUGCAGCGGGCAGAAUGUACCGACAUAUCCUGGAACAGCAAACUUCUYUGGAUGACACCUCCUCUGAAGAGGAAAACUUGGAGAGUAACUCCUCCACUGAUGAAGAACUGUGACUGCAGUUCUGGGUAAAGGUGUGAAUGACCUGGUGAUAUGAUGAUGUCAGUACAGUAUGUUGACAUGCCCUGUCCUGUAUAGGUAAGAACUACUUACCUAUACUUACUUUGUAUGCCUGUCAUUUUAACAUGUGGGUAUAAAAGAGGAAUAGACUCUAUAUGCAGAGUAUAUGUACAGGUUGAAGCCAUUUGUCUCUAGCUUGUUGGUAGGUAGCUGUUACCUUUAAUAUAUUAAGUUUUUAGCUGCCUGUCUUUUUAAAAAAAAAUUAAAAAACACCCACAGGGAACAGUCUUCAUAAAUCUACCACUAUCGUUUGUGUGUGUCCUUCAGUUCUUCUCAAGUGAAGCUGUACCACUGUGCUCCUCCACCACACUCCUGAUGCUAACCUCCUGUGUCCAUCACUUGGGACCAUGCACACAAACUGGGGGAACUGCUGCUGUGUUUUUAUAGUUGUAUUAACCUUUAUAAAGUGUCUGAGUAUCUUAAAGUUCUAGGAGUUAGGAGGAGGGAGUUUGUUGGCUUCCUCCACAACAGCAUUGUAUUGAGCAAUGGCAUCCUCCAAGGCUCUAACUGAAUUAUGUCAUAUGCCCCAGAUUCUCAUUUUUUAUUUUGAUCCACUAUUUUUGUACUCUGCAUUACCAUUGUUCAUAUAAU